AAAACAGUGAACUGCAUUGUGGGUAUUAUAAUUUCAUCAAUGGAAGUAGAUAAAGUCAAAUGUCUCGAUACCAUCAGGGAUAAAUAGAUAAGGCAGUAGGUACAGUAGCUUAUGUUUUGAACGAACUGUAAGUUGGGGUCGACACUUAUAUAAUAAUGUUUUUUGCAAGCAACUUCCUGAAAUCAAUGCAUGCAGCAUAUCCAAGAUAGCUAGAGAUCUAGCUAACGUUAAGUUACUUACGACAUCCUUACGGGUGUACGUUAGCCAGUAGUACUAGCUAGGCCAUUGACUUGGGAUACCAACAAUAUAGAUGUAGCUAGGUGGGUCUUUGGUAGGCUAUAUAUCCGGCAUAAUAUUGACUAUGCGCUUAGCCAAUUGCACAUUUUCUUAGCAGGUAUCAGAGGAAUUUAUAAUCAGCUGACCAUCCAUCAACAUUGAAAAUGGAUGGGUCAGAGAAAACAGAAGUUGGUGAGGCAUUUUCACUUAUACCGUUGUAUUGUUUCUAGUUUCACAUCUAAUCCAGUUUGAAAGAUGAAACCAGUUGUUGUUGGAGAUCAUCACCCAAAUGAUUUGUUCCUGACAUGAUUUUUUUGCUCUGAUUUCAGUGAGGGCAAAGUCAUUCUGGGUACAGGUGGAUGUGGAACAAGCAUUUGAUGAGCUGUAUGAAUAUCUGACACACCUGAAGCAUGCCAUCAAGACCUGCACUGCUACAGACAGAGGUACCAUAUAUACAUCUCACACACACACACACACACACACACACACUCUGGCCGUUGAUGCAACAAUUGUUCUGUUUCUGUUUUAGAAUAUGUCCAAGGGAUGAAUAUGAUUACGUUAUUAGAUUCCGGGCUGAUUGUGACACCGGCAACUACAGCCACAGCUACAACUACAGCCCCUGCCACUGGGAAUGAGUCUUUUGUGGAGGUGGUUAUUGGUGCAGGUACAUAGCCUACUUCACACCCAGUAUAUCAUUAUAGUAUCACUGACUGUGAGGUUUGGAUUGAUUGGAUCCAAACGUGGUCUCUGAGCUAUCCCAAAAUCUCAGUUUGCUGCUAGCCUAACAUCUCCCCAACAUCUGUCUCCACCACACAGAAAUCCUCACAGUUUCAGUCCCUGAUAUUGACGAUCCCCAGACUCCACUGCCCCCCCAGCAGACAGAGCCUGUCUCCCCUCCCUCACCCCUUCGUUAUGACGGCUCCAUCCUCCCGCUGUCGCCCCCCUACCCCAACAGAGAGGACCUCAUGGCCCCACUGGUGCCCCUCCAGCUCCCCUACCAGCUCCAUACCUGCAGCCAGGCCUGUGUGCCCCACCUGCCCCCGUCCGCACACCACUUCCGGGGCCACAACCCUCUCAGGAUCCCCCUACUCUGCUCCUUCCAGCGGCAGUGUGCUGCCACCCCACCUUUCACUAAAGUGAUUGAGACCGAUUGUGAUGAGACCGAACCAGACUCUAAGGGGGAGAGCUCUGAGAAUUCUCAGGGUGCAGAGUUGGACUCUGAGGUCACAGGGCAGGGCGUUGUUUAUAAGGCUCCCUGUGGGCUGAGUCUCUGCACCCCAGGGGAGGUGUUAUGUUUCCUGGUUGCCACUGAGAGUCACGACGUCCUGCAGGUGGACGACUUCACCUUUGACCCCCUGGUGCAGUUGGAGUGUCUGCGGCCACCGCAGUGGCGCCCACCCGGGCCGGCCGAGAGGGACCUGAGCCGGGGGUCAGAGCCAACUCCGGUGGAGUUGUGCCUGGGGGAGGAAGGAGUGCGGCCGGAGGACUUCCGCUACAGGAAGGAGCGUUGGCCUCACGGCUGUUUCCUCAGUUCGGGCCCGCUGUUCACCACCUGCUGUGACUGCACUGACGGCUGUGGUGACGCGGAGAGCUGCGCCUGCGCUCGGCAGACCGGCGGCAAACACUACUCCCACCAGAGGCUGUCUGAGCCUGUGCCUAAAGGGUGAGUUGGGCUGGGCGUCUGGGCCUUGUCAGCAAUCCUGUUGUGUUAAUGUCCUCUGUGUAUCUAUUGUGCCUGGAGAGUGCAUGCCAUUACCAACUACUCAUGAGAUAUGUAUCUGUGUGUGUUUGUGUGUGUUAGGCUGUACGAAUGCGGUCCGUGGUGUGGGUGUGACCGUGGCAGGUGCCAGAACCGUGUGGUUCAGCGGGGUCUGCGCGUCCGGCUGCAAGUCUUCCCCACCGGAGACAAAGGAUGGGGGGUGCGUUGCCGUGAUGACCUGGACAGGGGCACCUUCGUGUGCACGUACGCAGGUAGGGGAACGUGACAGUUUGGUCCUGUACGCUUAAAGGAAUUGUUCAGCGAAAAUCAGCAUAUUUGCAUAAGAGCUAUCCCUUUAAUAAAGGCUGAACUGUGGAUCCAAAUCAAGGAUCUGAAACAUUAUUAGCUUCCCUUUUCUUCCUUCCAGGUGUAGUUCUCAGGGCAGGCCUAGAUUCCGACAAGCCCCUCCCACCCAAGCGCCAGAAGACGGAGCUUCCCUCCGACGACGAGGUGGAGGUGGUGGAUGAGUGGCUGGCACCGGCAGGAGAGGGACGGGCGCAUGCAGAGACCCUGGAGCCCUCGCCCCCCUGCUCACCUCCUGACGGGCUUCAUGUGCCCGUUAUCCAGAGGCCCGGGGUGGAGCUUUCUUCACAGAUACAAGCUGUGUUGGUGGGGAACGCCCUGCCAGCCCAACCUCUCACAGGUACUGGAAACUGGGCCAGCGGCUGCUUCAGGGGGCUUCAUGGUUCCAUUAGCCUGGUUACACCAGACUGACUGCUGCAAUCACCAUUGUUUCACUGGUUUAACCAGGCUAUGGUUCCCAAUGAUGAACACUGAGAAACAAGGUAUUGUGGGGCCCAGAAAAUAUGCAAUCUAACUUAUUUUCUUUCCUGUUACAAUUUUCCUUCUUCAGGCAUGGAGGUUGAGGAGGGGCUGGAGCAAGAGAAUGGGGUACAGAAGCCACAGUUGAAUUCCGAACCAGACUUGAAAGAAGUGGACAUGAAAGAAGUGGAUGUGAAACUGUCUGUGUCCACAAGCACAAGCCCCCAAAAACUGGGCCCAAAGCAGAACCCUAUGGAGCACCUGUAUUACGUAGAUGCCACGAAGGAGGGGAACGUGGGAAGGUUCAUAAAUGUAGGUGUAUGACUGUGACCUAUAGUCUAUCUACUUCCAUUCUUUAACCCACCACCUCAUAACCUCUGACCUCUUGUCUCUACAGCACAGCUGCGACCCCAACCUAUUUGUGCAGAACGUCUUCACUGACUCUCAUGACCCAAACUUCCCCGUCAUCGCCUUCUUCACCAGCAGGUAAGUGUCCGGAAUGGUCUCUGCUCUCUGAUGGGUAAUGAUUGAGAGAUAAAACUACGCGAUUGGGUUGAUAAAUCAGUACCAACAGUAGAUUGUGCUUUUUCUAUGUUUUCUUGCAGAGUGGUGAAGGCGGGGACUGAGUUGACCUGGAACUACUCCCACAGCCCUGACAGUGACCCGGAACAGGAAGUGACAUGUCAGUGUGGAUGUGAAGGCUGUCAGGGACUGCUGGCCUGAACCUUGAGAUUAACAUAGAAACAAAAUAUAAUAUUAUAGCCUGCUCCUACAUAGUCAGUGCUGUAACCAAAUCUGCCUUCGGACCAGGCCACAAUGACCCCAAGAUGUGUAUGAUAGUGGACAACCAGUUAUGCCUUGCCCUCAUCACCUUUGUUUAUUAACCUGUAAAUGGUCCUUUGUAUACUGAACAAAAAUUUAAACGCAACAUGCAACAAUUUC